UCUGGAAAACUUCAGAAGAAGAAGAAAAGUUGGCUCUCCGCCUGAACCACACUAUAUAUAGAGGGAGCCCGGCCUUGUGGAGAGAUAGAUAAGAUAUAUAGAAACUGCAAGCACCGCAAUGUCUUUCGUGCUCAUGAUCUUGCUUUCCUUGACAGCGUUGCAGUUGCAGGUCGACACCACGCCAAGCGAGAUCAAGAGGAGUCAAUUCCCCCCGGAAUUCAUGUUCGGCACAGCCUCUUCGGCGUACCAGUAUGAAGGUGCCGUGAGGGAAGGUGGCAGAGGACCCAGCAUCUGGGACACCUUCACUCACAAUCACCCAGAUAAAAUAGCAAACGGAAGUACUGGAGAUGUAGCAAUAGAUUCGUACCACCGGUACAAGGACGAUGUCAGUAUCAUGAAGGAUUUGGGGUUUGAUGCCUACAGAUUUUCUCUUUCUUGGUCAAGAAUUCUGCCUAGUGGGAAACCAAGCGGGGGGGUCAACAUAGAAGGAAUCAAAUACUACAACAAUCUCAUUGACAAGCUCAUUUCGAAAGGUAUUGAACCCUUUGUGACCCUUUUUCACUGGGACUCCCCACAGGUAUUAGAACAGCAGUAUGGUGGCUUCUUAAGCCACCUCAUCGUGGAAGAUUUCCACGACUAUGCCAACAUCUGCUUCAGGGAGUUUGGUGACAGGGUAAAGUACUGGAUAACACUGAAUGAGCCUUGGAGUUUCAGUGUUGGUGGCUAUUCUAGUGGAAUAUUAGCACCAGGCAGAUGUUCAUCUAGGCAAAAGUCAGGUUGUAGCAUGGGAGACUCAGGAAAGGAACCUUAUAUUGUAGCUCACAAUCAACUUCUAGCACAUGCAUCAGCAGUUCAAGUUUACAGAGACAAAUACCAGAUGGAACAAAAAGGAAAGAUAGGCAUUACUAUAGUUAGCAAUUGGAUAACUCCCUACUCAAAUUCCAAGGAAGACAAUGAUGCUACCAAACGUGCAAUGGACUUCAUGUAUGGAUGGUUCAUGGAUCCCUUAACCAAGGGAGACUAUCCGCUCAGCAUGAAAACGCUGGUUGGUAGCAGAUUACCAAAAUUCACAAAAGAGCAGGCAAGAGCUUUAAAUGGAUCAUUCGAUUUCAUUGGCCUCAAUUACUAUUCAGCAAGAUAUGCUCAGAAUACUAAACACAAUUGCAAGAUUAACAAAAGCUACAGUACUGAUUCGCGAGCUAAUCAAAGAGUGGAAAGAAAUGGAACAUAUAUUGGCCCAAAGGCUGGUUCUUCUUGGCUCUACAUUUAUCCAAAAGGAAUAGAAGAACUAUUGCUAUACACCAAGGAGACAUACAACAACCCUACUAUCUACAUCACAGAGAACGGUGUUGAUGAAAUUAACAAUGAAAACUUACCUCUUCAAGAAGCCUUAGCUGACAAUACAAGAAUAGAAUUCUACCGGCAACACAUAUUCCAUGUUCUAAGAGCCCUAAGGGAAGGAGUCGAUGUGCGAGGAUAUUUUGCAUGGUCAUUAUUUGAUAACUUCGAGUGGAUGGAUGGCUAUAGUGUUCGAUUCGGUCUUAACUACGUCAACUAUAAGGAUGGUCUCAAAAGAUAUCCAAAGCGAUCAAGCCAAUGGUUUCAGAAGUUUCUUCAUCAAUAAAAUCUGUACUGUACGAGUCUAAAGUUUUUAAAAUGUCAGCAUAAUGGAUCGAUUCUGUUGUGAUAGCCAACACUCAGCAGUUUAAGCAGUUCUCUUGUAUCCAUGAUGGCAUAAAAAAAGACUUGCUUGCUAUUGUAUCCAUUAUACAUGCAAGUGUGUGUAAAGUAACACCGAAGUAAUGCAUAACAGAUGCAGCCCAUGUGCUUGCUCACCAAUUUGGAAACUA